UAUCCCUAUUACACGUAAAAAAAUCCCUAAUUCACAUAUGCUCCCGUCUGAAAAGAAAGUUGAUACUAAUAAACAUAGUAAAGCAGAAGUGGACGAAAAAAAUAUGAUCCUUAAUAAAAAAGUAUCUAACUCUUCCAUGAGUCCGUCCAAGAAAAUUACUUCUGGAAAAUCUACACAAAAACGUAAAGCAGAAGUAGAUGAAAGAGAUAUGGUCCCCAUUAAAAAAUCUUCUAACAGCCCACCUGAGAAGAAAAUUAUCUCUAACAAAGCUGCACAAAAACGUAAAGCAGAAGUUGAUGAAAGAGAUACGAUCUCUAUUAAAAAAAAGGAUCAAAAAACUAGAUACAAUUUUCUAGUCAAAUAUAUUACUGAAAAGGCAGGAAAAAAGAAUUUUUCCUAUUAUGAUUUCCUCUGCAAUAAUCAAAAUGAAAUUAUUCAAGUCCUACAAUCUAUUAGCAAACCGUAUAAUUCGAUUUCGAUGGACAAUGCUUGGUGCAAGCGGUUUGUGGGAGUUGCUGAGGAAAAACUUGAUAAGAAAGCUUUCGUGGAAUUAAAAAAUAAGGACGAUAUAGACCGUUCUCGCCACAACAAAAAGUAUAAAAAAUUCUGGGAACAAAUACUAUCAGAAUUUAAGAAACCCAUACCGCGUAAAGAAAUAAGUGGGUCAGAUGCUUAUAAUGACCUUAUUAAGGGUGACGUUACAACUUUCAUCCAGCUCUUAAAGCUAUCAUUACUAACAAGGUCUCCGAUGUCUUUAGCUCCGGCUAAUGAAGAAGUUCUCCAAGGAAUUUUUGAAACUCUUCUUCCGCCGAGCUAUCGCAUCCCACAACUAAGAUUAGUAAUGAAUGGCCAAAAAGAGAAGGGUGAAGGUAGAUUUGGGUUUUUGGAUUUAUUUCUUCUUGGGGAGGCUGGUCAGGGCGUAAGUAUAGAGCUUAAAUAUAUUUCAACAGGUGGAUUGUUGAAAGCAAAAACUGGUCAAACAGCAAAAAAGUUCGAUACAACAGAGCAUGAUCAAUUGGAUAGAGAGCUGGAAACAUUAAAUGAGGAAGCUCUGUUGAAGACGCCCUAUACUUUUUUAUCAAGGGAUAACGAACAAUAUAUCCAAAUUACUAUCAAUAGAAUUUUGGAGAAUGGUAUAAGACAAUUAAAGUCUUAUAUCAAGAUAAUUGAAAAGGGUAAUGUGGGUGGAUAUACUGAUUCGGGUAUCUAUGAUACACGAAUCAGUACCACAAGAAAAAACAAACCAAACAAUAUAAAAGGGUUCCUUAUUUUAGUAGUUGGGUUUCGUUCAAUCUUGUGGCGACCAGUAGAUGGUGUAUCCCACUAUGAAUAUUAUAAAGCUUGA